UGUUGCAUUAGUGUUGCACAGCAACUGCACCGCGUACGGAUUCAAGCGCGUCAGUAAUUAAAAUAACGAUAAUUGCAUCCUAUAAUUAUUAGAUACACAUCGUCAAAGUACAUUAUUAGUAAUGGAGAAGCCACAGAAGAUGCCGAAAGUGGCGAAGGUGAAAAAUAAAGCACCAGCUGAAAUUCAAAUCACCGCUGAGCAGCUCCUUCGAGAAGCAAAGGAAAGAGAUUUGGAAAUUUUACCACCGCCGCCCAAACAAAAAAUCUCCGAUCCACAUGAAUUGGCUGAUUAUCAACACCGCAAACGAAAAGCAUUUGAAGACAACAUAAGAAAGAAUCGUAUGGUUAUUUCGAACUGGAUAAAAUACGCACAAUGGGAAGAAAGUCAGAAGCAAAUACAGAGAGCAAGAUCAAUAUACGAGCGUGCGUUAGAUGUAGAUCAUCGAAAUAUAACUCUAUGGUUAAAAUACACGGAAAUGGAAAUGCGAAAUCGCCAGGUCAACCAUGCGAGAAACUUGUGGGACCGUGCUGUGACCAUUCUACCGCGAGCCAAUCAAUUCUGGUACAAAUAUACUUACAUGGAAGAAAUGCUGGAAAAUAUUGCUGGUGCACGUCAAGUGUUCGAAAGAUGGAUGGAAUGGGAACCUGAUGAGCAGGCAUGGCAAACGUAUAUAAAAUUUGAGUUACGCUAUAAAGAAAUAGACAGAGCGCGUUACAUUUAUGAACGUUUUGUCAUGGUCCAUCCUGAUGUUAAGCAUUGGAUAAAAUAUGCAAGAUUUGAAGAGUCUCAUGGCUUUUUGAAUGGCGCUCGCAAAGUAUUUGAGCGUGCUGUUACUUUCUACGGAGAUGAAAGUUUGGAUGAAAAACUAUUCGUUGCUUUUGCCAAAUUUGAGGAAGGCCAGAGAGAGCAUGAUCGGGCGAGAGUCAUAUAUAAAUAUGCUUUGGACCAUAUUCCCAAAGAUCGAACACAAGAAGUUUAUAAGGCUUACACAAUACACGAAAAGAAAUACGGAGAUCGAUCAGGCAUAGAAGAUGUUAUUGUCAGCAAGAGAAAGCAUCAGUAUGAACAGGAAGUCAAAGAAAAUCCAUCGAACUAUGAUGCCUGGUUUGAUUAUCUGAGAUUAGUUGAAUCUGAAACUGAUUUUGAUAUCGUGAGAGAAACUUAUGAACGAGCAAUAGCCAACGUACCACCUACAAAGGAGAAGCAGUACUGGCGGAGAUAUAUUUAUCUCUGGAUUAAUUAUGCACUCUUUGAGGAACUUGAAACUGAAGAUACUGAAAGAUGUCGUCAAGUUUACCGAGCAUGCCUCGAGUUAAUCCCACACAAACAGUUCACAUUCUCAAAAAUAUGGCUACUUUAUGCUCACUUUGAAAUUAGACAGAAGAAUCUACAAGUUGCGAGGAAAAUGCUGGGUAUGGCAUUAGGAAUUUGUCCAAGAGACAAGCUCUUCAGGGGCUACAUUGAUUUGGAAAUACAACUCCGUGAAUUUGAUAGAUGUAGAAUAUUGUAUGAAAAAUUCCUCGAAUUCGGACCAGAAAAUUGCACAACAUGGAUGAAGUUUGCAGAGCUCGAGACUCUUUUGGGUGACAUUGAUCGAGCAAGAGCUAUUUAUGAAUUAGCAGUUACUCAGUCAAGAUUGGAUAUGCCAGAGCUACUCUGGAAAUCAUACAUUGAUUUUGAAAUAUCCCAAGAAGAGACUGAAAAUGCGAGACAACUGUUUGAAAGGCUUUUGGAACGAACAAUGCACGUUAAAGUAUGGAUCGCGUUCGCUAAGUUUGAAUUAGGAAAUUAUACUACAGAGGAUGGUCCAGACAAUAUAGUACUGGCCCGACGUGUUUUCGAGCGUGGUAAUGAUGCACUGCGAACAAAUGGGGACAAGGAAAGCCGUGCGUUUCUCUUGGAAGCAUGGCGAGACUUCGAAACUGAAAAAGGUGAUGAAGAUAGUCAGGCCAAAAUUAUGGACAAAAUGCCCAGAAGAAUUAAGAGACGCAGACGCAUCGUUGGAGAUGACGGGGCGGAAGAGGGCUGGGAAGAAGUAUUUGAUUUUGUAUUCCCCGAAGAUGAGUCACAGAGACCAAAUCUCAAACUAUUGGCAUCUGCAAAGGCUUGGAAGAAACAGAAAGAAGCAACACUGGAUACGGCGUUGAAUGUCAGCUCAGUAUUAUCGGAGACCAGUCCAAGUUAACCCAUUGAUUCUAAGCUCAAUCCUUUUUUAUUUAUUGUAAAAUAUUUGGCCAAUUGUGAAAAAAUUUGUAACGACACGAAUUAUAAGCACAACGUUUUUAACGGAACAGUAUCUUAUUGACAAACUCAAAAUUGCUAAUGCAAUGUUGUACAGAUGUUGACCCAGGUGAAACGAUUACAAAAUAAAGAAGCUUACGAUCUA